AUGCCUGGCAGCAAGGACCCCUUCUCAUUGAUGGCCAUGUGGGGCUCCGUGAGGAGCUACGACCCAAAACAGGGGGCUAAUUUUGAGGGACCGGAGAAGCGUCUGGAGGUCAUCAUGCGGUUCCUUGACGAAACCCACGUGGAUGGUCUCUAUGCCGUUGGCGAUGAGGUGUGGACAGUUGUAGUAGGCUCAUUAAAUGCUCAAAUUGUAUCUAAAGAAAGUAAUGAGUUUAUUCGCUCUUAUGUGCUCACGGAAAGCUCGCUAUUUGUCAUGCGGGACCGUAUAAUUUUGAUUACAUGUGGCACAACGACUCUGCUUCAUGCGGUUCCUUACGUUUUGGAGGUGGUUAGUAAUGUGCGCGGGGAGGUGGAAUGGGCCUCCUUCAUGCACAAAAACUACAGCUUCCCGUGGGAGCAGAAGGGGCCUCAUCUUUCCAUGGCAGAGGAGUUCAACAGUCUAAGGACGUACUUUCCAGCAGGCAGACCUUUUAUAUUUGGUCCAGUAGACAGUGAUCAUUACUUUCUGUUUGUCUACGAUGACAUCAUUCGUCCAAGCGCGACGGAAAAUGAUACACAGUUAAGUAUGACAAUGUACGGCCUCAACCGUGCGCAGACGAAGCAUUGGUAUUCCGAUAGGUUUAUUUCGACAGGCCCGGAGACAGCCGCUAUCCGCCGGGCUACAUCGCUGGACAGGGUGGUAGAUGACUCAUGGAAGGUGCAUGACUUGCAAUUUGAGCCUUGUGGGUAUAGCGUGAACACCAUCCGUGGUGCGGAAUACCAGACAAUUCAUAUCACACCAGAAGAUCACUGCUCAUUUGCCUCUUAUGAAACGAAUACGCCCGUUGCCAAUUACGCGGAGCGGAUAAGCACAGUGCUGGGUGUUUUUUCCCCACAACGUUUCUCAGUGAUUGUCUUCCUUGACCCCGAUAGUGCUGUCGGAAAGAUGUACCAGCGAGGGGAGAACGUUGGGGUGGAAGCUGAGUACUUCCCAGAAUAUGAGCUGCAAAAUCGUACUGUCAAUGAGUUUACUCCAGGCUGUGUUGUGCUAAAGAUGAAUUACACAAGGAAAACAACAGACACCGAGGCAAUUUCCACUUCCGCUGUGGAAGCGUAG